GGGAAUCCCCUUGUUCAGUUGACCUUAAGGAGAAUUAGGCCAGAGCUAAAAGCAAAGUUUUUCCUGUACUCGAUCCGCCGAUCCGGCCAGUCCUUGUCACCUUUCACUGCGCUGCACUGCACUGCAAAGCUCUUAUAUGCACCUACCUACGCGCUGGUCCUGGCACGUUUGAAUGCCUGAACACAGCAUCGCUGCGUCCUCCUUUUGCUCCUUCCUUUGUGUCGCACUCGCCGCUUCCCCUUUAAACGCUAGCUUCUGCGCGCUGCUGACGACGCGUACGUCUGCGUUCUCGAUUGCUGCUAGUUUAUAGCUCAGAGGUUACCGAAGCGCGGUUGCCGAAGAUGGCAGUGGUGGUGGCUGGCAGCAGGGCGAGAGCAGAGCAGCCGAGGCCGCAUUGGCGAGAGCGGCAGCAGGAACAGAGGAGCCCCGACAUGGCGAUGCCGAGGCCGCCGCGCCCGCGCCCGCAGCAGCCGGGGCCGGCGAGGGUGGCCGUCGUGUACUACCUGUCGAGGAACGGGCAACUCGAGCACCCGCACUUCAUGGAGGUCGCCCUGCCGUCGCCCGACGGCCUCUACCUCCGAGAUGUGAUCGAUCGGCUUGACGCGCUGAGAGGCAAGGGGAUGGCGCGCUUGUACUCCUGGGCGUCCAAGAGGAGCUACCGGAACGGGUUCGUGUGGCACGACCUGUCGGAGGACGACUACAUCCACCCGGUGGCCGGGCGGGAGUACGUGCUCAAGGGCACCGAGCGGCUGCACCCGCCGACACAGCAGCAGCUCCCGCUGCUCGUCGACGCGGCCGCCGCGUCAUCCUCCUGCUCCACGGGCUCGCAGGACACCACGGCGACCACGUCCUCCUCGUCGGGGUGGGAGCACAGGAGCAACAGCAGCCUGGCUCGCCAACAGAAGAAGGCAGAGGAGCGCAGCGAGUACAGGGUGGUGUACAAGGCCGACGAGCGCGCCGGGGCCGGCGGCACGGACGCGGCCACGCAGACCGAGGACGUCUACCGCGGCCGCGGCCACCAGCAGAGGCGGCGCGCGCAGCAGCAGGGCGAGGACGAGACGACGGCGUCCACGAGCCCCGAGACGCUCGAGGCGCUGAUCAGGGCGGACGGGCGCGUCGUGGCCGGGAGGGCUAGGGCGUCCUCGGUGCUCAUGCAGCUCAUCUCGUGCGGCUCCGUGUCGGUCAAGGGCGGCGCGCUCGCCUCGCCGGCCAUGCCGCGCGUGGUGCACUACCGCCCGCGCCCGCCCACGGCCGUCGAGAUGCCAGCCUUCCGGCAGAAGUUCGUCGAGGACAAGGAGUACUUCAGCGGGAGCCUCGUGGAGACGCAGCACUCGGCCGCCGCUGAUAAGUCGCAGGACAUGGCCGUUCUCCGGCGGUCGUCUUCGUACAACGCCGACAGGGCGUCGAAGGUGGAGCCGGCGAGGGAGGCCGUGGACCUGCAUGACAGGUGCAUCCCUCGAAAGCCCAAGAGCAAGAAAGACGGCUACCAGGUGAUCUCGUGCAGCGCCCAUGGGGGCACGAGAAUCGGAGGCGCCUGAAGGCUCGACGUGAUUGGCUGGAUCGAUACACGGGCAUCGUCAUCCAUGCUUAACAGUUAACACCGACAUGAUAAACACGGCGAGUUGGCGAGUGCGCCGAGAGGAAACUAUUGGCCAGAUUUAUGUCAUCAGGUCGUAUGCAGUGUGCUACAUGUGAUUUUCGAACAGAGACUCUCUGUUAAUAUCCUAAGCUAUAUAUGUACGUACAUUGGCUCUGGCCUCGCUAACUCGUUUGCCACGUACAAGCUUGAGUUUGUUCCGUGGGGGUAUAUGAUUCUGCUCAGCUGGUUAGUUUUAGCUCUGUACGUAAUAUGAACAGCAGGUGUAGCAAGUUUAAUAAUA